UGUAAAUUCUAUACCAAGUAGAGCUAGUAUGCUAAGAUAGUAUAGAGUAAAUAAGGUAGUAGAAAAUAUCAUUAAAGCUAGUAAGGUUAUGCUAUGUCUGGGUGCUACAGUUAGUUAGCGUAAAGUGACGUCAGGUGCCAAAGCGAUCGAAAGCACAAACAUCUCGCGUUGCAGCAACCAACAACAAUAACACUCAAAAUGGGACGCCGCCAGCGCCUAAUCAGCAGUUCUAUCCUGCGCGCCAUAUUCGUCAUCAAACCUGUGAGCAGUGAUGAAAGUGCACAGCCAGGUCUCCUUGCGCGCAUCCUGGCUUUCUUCUCCCUGUUCCAGCUCACACUUGCGCGCUAUCGUGAUGAAAUCUUCAAGAAGCUCCGGAACGAAUCGUGGCAGCUUAGUGAGGAAGAGUACACAGAAAGCUUCCGGAGUCCAAGCAAGGGGAAAAGGACGGAUCUGAAGUCGGUGGGAGACCUGGGGUAUUCUGGAUCAACAUUCUUCACGACACCAAACACGAAGUUUCUAGUGAAGUCGUUACCACGCCACUUCGAACAGUCAUUCUUCCGGCAAAGACUUCUUGAGCCUUACGUCGAGCACAUGCAGUUCAACAAAGAUUCUCUCCUCGUUCGCAUCACCGAUCUCCUUUAUUGCCCGACCACUACACUUGGUGCCUUACUUGGUGCCGCUCCUAGCCACCAUAUCGUGAUGGAGAAUAUACUGUAUGGGAAGUCAAGCUGCAGCAAAAGUCAACAGAAGAAAUGGGAGACAUUCGAUCUAAAACCGAACGACUACUUCUUCCCAGAACGAGAUAUUGCUGGCGGCAGAUUGGCGCCGGAGAGCGUCAAAGACCGUCUUAUCGAUGAGUUCGAAGACAAGAUCAGGGUCACGAUUGACCAGAAAGAGGAGCUCAUCGCGCAACUAUCCAGGGACAGCAAGCUCUUACAAGAAAACAAUGCCGUUGACUACUCGCUCUUUUUAGUCCGUUACCCCGCGGAUCUGAAUUCUGGUACACACCAAGUCCCAACCCCACCGGGAAGUGGAUCGACAUGGCGUACAGGUGUCAUCUCGCGAGAUGAGCAAUGGGUCUAUCGAGCUAUUGUAUUGGACUUCUUUUGGUCAAAGGACGCAUUACAAGCACACGCUUUUACCGGCUUGGUGAAGCUUUACAACACGCUUAAGAUCGGCAAAGAUCAUGGCCCGAUGAGUAUCACUGCCAACAGCGACGAGUACAGACAGAGGUUCUUGAGCAUGGUGGACGACAUGGUUGAAGUACCGGAUAGUUCUGGACGACCGUCAGGCGAGAUUAGGAACCCUCCAGCUCUUCCCCAGGAUGUAUGA